AAUGUAGGUACGACCUUAGCCUUAGGCCUGGUAGGGGCGCCAGCACGUUUCAAAGGCAUGCAAGGUCCUUUGCAAGAGGGCCUGUGACGGCAACACAGCCUCAGGUUCAGCCUACACUCCACCAUGUCUCGAGGAUUGCAGGCAAGGAUGGCUACGUCUGCCAGCAUUUCCUUUUCUGCAGGGCUUUACGAUCCCCCAGACGCUGUGCGCGAUGGCCUGCAUGCGGCGGAAGGGGACACCUUUGAUCUCAAUCUUCUCAGAACAAAGUCCGUGAAUCCCACACCGCUAAAAAGAAAAUCCUCAGAAGACGUGAGCCGCCUUGAUAGGUUGCUGCACAGGAGGGUCAGCCUGGGGGGCAAGUGUCAGGGCUUGCAUCUAGACCCGGAGACAGAGCAGAAAGCGAUGACGAUAGGGAACAAAAUUGCUCAUGCAGCUGCAGAAACUUACUUGAUCACACGGCUGGCCUUCAUUCUGUUGAGAUCUUUUGGGGUUGGCUACCAGUGGAUACAGAAGGCGAUCUUCCUCGUUAUCUAUGCUGCGCUUCUGGCCCCAGGCUUCGCACAAGUUGGGUGGUACUACUUUCAAUCGCCUCGUGUCUGGCGGAGCGUUGUGUACGGGCCACACCCACGAAACAGGCUUGACCUUUACUUUCCGGAGGAUAGGACCAAGCCGCGACCAGUGGUCAUCUUCAUAACUGGAGGCGCAUGGAUUAUCGGGUACAAAGCGUGGGGGGCGUUGCUGGGCCAAUCCUUGUCCGCACGAGGGGUGAUCGUCGCCUGCCUAGACUAUCGGAACUUUCCGCAGGGAACGGUGAUUGAUAUGCUGCUCGACGUCAGCAACGGCAUCAGCUGGGUGCUGGAGAAGGCCAACGAGCUCGGGGGAGAUCCACAGUCGGUCGUAUUGGUGGGCCAGUCGGCUGGCGCGCACCUCGGUUCGCUCGCGCUCCUGAAGCACGCCAUCAAAGAGGCGAACGGGCUGGAGCGGCUGAACUGGAGCCUGAAGCAGAUUCGGGCCUUCGUCGGCGUUUCCGGUGGGUACAAUCUGCACGAGUUGAUGGACCACUUCCACGAACAAGGGUUGUAUCGCUCAAUCUUUGAAAAGAUCAUGGACGGGAAGGAGGUCAUGCCCUUUUUUUCGCCGGAGGCAAUCCUUGAGUCAAAGGCUUUUGCCGGGAGCGAAAACGCAGCCAAGCUGGUGCCCCCUGUGACACUGCUGCAUGGGACGCGCGACAAGUCCAUACCUCACCAAGCAAGCGAGCGCUUUGCUGAGAAGCUGAAGAAGCAUGGGAUUGCAGCAACCACGCGCAUCUUCGUUGGCAAGUCGCACACUGACCCAAUCAUCCAGGACCCAUUGCGCGGCGGUAAAGACGAUCUCAUGGAGGCAGUCCUGGCCGUUCUCUAUGAAGGCAUCGAUGAAGGCGGGUGGCCAGCGGCACGUCCAGCCAGACGACGGAUGGUGCCCGAGCCGUUAAUUGCUCUCGCAGGGAGAGCAUGCCCCUUUUAAAGAGGGCCGGCCACAUGUCUUGCACUGUACACAAGCAUAGGCUAUCACGCACGCAAAUAUUAGCACGCAUGCACUGCAUAAACAUUAAGUAGCCGCCAGGUUGAAGCACUAUCCGUUGAAUACUUCGACGGUGAAAGAAUUCGGUAAAAGUAAUAAGCAGAAUCAUUACAAGUAGCUCGGGUUGCUCCGAAGAAGUAAUGAUCAGUUCCGGAAGUUUGUAAGAGCUGAUCUGAGCCGACGCAAAGUAGGUACCGAUAAAGAGAGACUGUCAAAUCAGCUCGAGCUGCCGCAAGCCAGGAACCAACAUUUUCGUAGACCAUGGCGCAUGUUGACAUGGUCAAAUAUGGAAAAAAGUACAGAUAUCGAAUCCAUACAAGGUUUGGACAGGAUGACAAUCGUUCCGCAGCCUAUACAAUUGAACAAUCUUCAAUGAGAAGGUCGAGCCGUACCUCAUAUGCCAUCAGGUUGUUCCGCAAUGUACGUUGUGCUGCGUGAACUUUGCACUGCAAAAAGGUUAGUACGAGCACUUCCACCGAGAAGCUGGGAUAAGCUAUAGCGCGACCAUG